ACAAGUCCGAUAACGAAAAUGGCCUCUGCCGCCAGAUCGAUCUUCCGAUCAUGCUCCGCCGGCCGGUCAGCGAUUCGUGUUGCGUCGGAAGCCAAAUCGGCUCGUUCUCCGUUCCGCAUGGCCUCCAAUAAACCUCUCUCCCAAUCUCACUCCGCUCUAAGGUUCCCUGUUGAAUUGAGUUUCUGUGUGGAAUCCAUGGUGCCGUACCACACCGCCACUGCUUCUGCGCUCAUGACUUCGAUGCUAUCCAUUUCAAGUCGCACCUACAUUUGGCUUCUUGAAGGUCUGUGAUUUCCCCUAAAAGCAACUUUGGCUUGCAGAAUCAUGCUUUUCACUUGCAUUUCCAAAAUUUAUGUACGCCUUCGGUAUUAGAAGACGGUUUGGCCACCAGUUGCCCUCAUAAUAGUGCUCGGUUUCCUCAUGAUGGUUGCUUAGCAUUUCAAUCUUGCACGUGUAUCAUGGAUAUUCUUUAACUUAUUUUCAUGUGGUGGCGUAGAAAUUCAAAAAUUAAAAUCUCUUGUAAUAAACUAAAACUCGAAUCUCAGUGGCUUUCAGGGUAACCCAUCCCUUGUAAACCCCGUUUCCUGAACACCCGGUCUCAAAAAAAUGAUAAUGAUUUAACUAUCCAUUUUGUAGUUAUUCUUUCCUGAAAUUCAUUAUU